UAUUUUUUAUUGAAACAAUUUGGAAACACACAUUUCGUUCUAAAGUUUGUAGCCAGAAACUCAUAGCUCUUGGAAAUCUUUAUGAUUCGAAUUCUUUGUUAAUAGAGUUUUAUCUCCUCCCAUAACAUGUAUGCAUCUGCAAGUUGAAGAUUACCUCACCAAUGAAGGGUUUCUUAAAAGGGUUGAGGUACAUUGCUCGUAUCUUCGAAGAUGAGAAGGAACCAGAGAUACAGAUUGGAAACCCGACCGAUGUCAAACAUGUUGCUCAUAUAGGAUGGGAAGGGCCCUCUGCUACGACCCCAAGCUGGAUGCAUGAGUAUAAGUCUCCAGUGGCGGAGUCAAAAGGAAGUUCCAACAAGAAAGAGAAGCAAAAGAACAAGGGGAGGCGUAAAUCAUCUACAAACACAAACAACUCACCUUCAGAGUCUCCAUCAAGAGUGGGCGGAUCAACGAGGCCAUCAAAACGCAGAACGGGUAAGCAGAGAGAGCAGAGCACGGGUGAAGGGUCAGAGUCAGGUACAGGGAUAGACUUACCUCAACAGAAUGAUCAGUCCUUGGGACAGAAAAAAUCGAGGCAGAAACGGUCAAAAGGUGGAGGAGGACGAGGCGGAGAACCUUCUCAAUCUGCUGGACCUGCAAAGUCAAAAGAAACAGAUAUAUCUGUGCGGGCGGUUUUACCUUGUGUGGGUCUUGGAAGUUCUACAGGAAGAUGAGAGGUGAGAAAAGGAGAGUUUUUCUUGAUCAAGUUUAGACUAGAGUGGUGGUUUUGUUUUUCUUCUCAUCAUCUACAUACCUUUUCCUUUUCUGAUCUGCAUUUUGUUGGAGUUGCAUUUGUAUAACAAGACCAAUGUUUUUAUCAAGUGAUUUACAAGAAAAGA